AUGGGACGAGGAGCGGGACGGAACCGGCCCCCCAUGGGGCCCCCGGGGGAAGACGGGCCUCCGUUCGACAUGGGUCCACCGGGCUGGGGUCCUCCUCCGCCGGGAGGCUGGGGCCCUCCGCCGCCUGGUGGAUGGGGGCCCCCGCCGCCCGAAGAAUGGGGGCCCCCGCCGCCCGGUGGAUGGGGGCCCCCGCCGCCCGGUGGAUGGGGACCCCCGCCGACCGGUGGAUGGGGGCCCCCGCCGCCUGGAGGAUGGGGCCCGAGAGGGCCUCCUCCCCCAGACUGGGGUCCAAGAGGACCGCCGCCACCGGGCUGGGGGCCUCAUCCUGAAGACUGGAUGCCUCCUCCAGACUGGGGCCCUCACCCAGAAGACUGGAGACCCCCACACCCCAACGACUGGAGGGGCCCUCACCCUGAUGACUGGAGGGGUCCUCACCCGGACGACUGGAGGCCCCCUCACCCCGAUGACUGGAGACCUCCCCGCGAAGCCUGGGGACCACUUGGCUGGGGUCCGGAAGGUCUCCCUGAACCGUGGGGCCCCGAACACGGUCCACCUGGACCCAUACCUCCUGUUCCACCUCCUGGUCCGCCUCCUCCUGUUGGGAUUCCUCCUCCGGACCCCGCAGUCUACGGACCGGUCCCUUUACCUCCCAUCCCCCCUGCAGUCUGCGGGCCCCCCAUGGGGUACCCGCCGGCCUACCCGCCUCCCGGCUGGACCGCAGAGACUAUAGUUGAGGAGCCGAUGCCGAACCCUCCCCCAGACCAGCCUGAGUGGGUGAGUACAGACCAGGUCCCAGAUCAGACCUGUUACUCCAGCAGCAA